GUCUUUCGCCUUUGCCUCUCUUGCUCCUCAGGACUUUACGACCGGUCACGACUCUUCCAGGAUUAUGUACAUUAUAACCUAUGCUAUGUCCCCGUCAGCUAUCGCCCUUGCUCGCUGAACGAGCGUACGCACCUAUUCCUUUCUCCUAUGUGUAUAUGUAUAGGCUUCAAUUAUUAGCAGCAUACUAUUCCAGCGUGUUCCAGCAGAAGAAGAUGACGAAGGGGAGGAGGAGAGAGGAGAGAGGCGCCCGCUCAAUGAAGUCCUUUAUAUCAGCGCCCGGAUCUUCAUCGGCAUCGAAAUGACUCGAGAAGGGUAUGUGAGUAUGCAAUGCCCCUUAAGCGUAUUCACUCGAGCGCUAAGUCGGGCUCGUAUA